AUGGAGAGUAGAAUAGCUGAAACCCUCAACCAGCCUCAAACCUCUAGCUUUAUGAAGAAUACUUUUCAAACAUCUGCUGCAAUGAUAAAAAGAUAUGUUUUAACACAUAGAAGACCUGGAGAGUAUUCCUUUCAAUUACAUGUUCAUUUUGGAGCAUAUGAUUUUUGUGAUAUACAGGUUUGGUUUGAAUCGAUUUUCGGAUUACGUUCAGAAUUAUUGCCUCAUAGCUAUUUUGUAGAAUGGUGGAACACGUUAACGCAAAGUUUGCUUCAUUUGGGAAGAACUAAAGAAGAUUUGGUAAUAUGUGUUUUUAUAAUAUGGCAAAUUUGGAAAGCGCGUAAUGAAGCGGUAUUUCGAAAAGCCCAUUGGCCAGCAUCGUUGAUUAUCACAAAAGCGUCUGCAGACCAACAAGAGUAUAUUUUGGCAACACAAAAGACAUCUGCAAUACACAACAGGCAAAGUAUUUCCAUCUCUACAUGUGUCAAUAAUUCUGUUUGGUUACCGCCACCGAUUGGAUUUUACAAAGUCAAUUUUGAUGGUGCUAUAGAUUUGAAUAAAUAUAUAGAGGCUAUUGGCUUUGUAGUUCGUGAUAUUACAGGUAAAGUCAUCUUGGCUAGGGCUCGGCAUUUUCCUAGUGUAGUGAAGCCAUAUGUGGUUCUUAUUAAUGCAGUUAAUUCCUCCUGUACCGACGACAGAGAUGCUGGAGUGGUCUUAAUUGAUAUCAUUAGUCUAAUUUCUCAAUUCUCAGAAGUUAGAUUUCAGUAUGUCCCUCGUGAUUGUAAUUGGGUGGCCCACAUGGUGGCCAAACAAGCCCUUCUCGAUGACUGCUUCUGCAGUAAUCAUCAUUUACUUUUAGACUGGCUCUCUCAGUUAUGUUGA